UAGGUAGGAAUCGCAGGCAUCUAGUUUUUUGCUAAUAUAACAGUGUUUUGUAUUGAUGUGGACAUUAGAUAUAUAGAGAGUAGUUGAUAUACCCAACACAUCCAGUGGAUAUUUGUAGCAGAAUCGAUAAGCAAUAAUCUGAGCCACACAACCAGGCAGACAGUUAACAUUUAAAUAAACAACAACAAAACAAAAAACAAUGGACGAGUCACAACCAAAAACGUUGUAUGUGGGCAAUCUGGAUGGUACGGUAUCGGAGGAACUGCUCGUUGCGCUCUUUGGCAAAAUGGGCCCAGUUAAAAGCUGUAAAAUCAUCAGAGAACCAGGCAAUGAUCCCUAUGCCUUCAUCGAAUAUUCCAACUAUCAGGCGGCUAGCACCGCCCUGACCGCCAUGAACAAACGUGUCUUUCUCGACAAAGAGAUCAAGGUCAACUGGGCCACUAGUCCGGGCAAUACGCCCAAGACAGAUAUCAGUUCGCACCAUCACAUAUUCGUUGGUGAUCUCAGUCCAGAGAUUGAGACGGAGACGCUGCGCGAGGCAUUCGCACCAUUUGGUGAGAUAUCAAACUGUCGCAUUGUCCGCGAUCCACAGACAAUGAAGUCCAAGGGCUAUGCCUUUGUAUCCUUUGUGAAGAAGGCCGAAGCCGAGAAUGCAAUUCAGGCAAUGAAUGGCCAAUGGAUUGGAUCGCGUUCGAUACGCACGAAUUGGUCGACACGCAAGUUACCACCACCGCGGGAAUCGUCCAAGUCGGGUGGCCAAGGUGGCGGCAUGGGUGGCAUGGGCGGCGGUGGUGGUGCCGGCAAUGGCAUCAAGAACAACCAGCGACACACCUUCGAGGAGGUGUACAGUCAAUCGAGUCCCACAAACACCACCGUUUACUGUGGCGGCUUUCAGCCCCAUGUCAUCAGCGAUGAGCUGAUGCACAAACAUUUCAUGCAAUUUGGCCCCAUUCAGGAUGUGCGCGUCUUCAAGGACAAGGGAUUCGCGUUCAUCAAAUUCGUUGCGAAAGAGGCAGCGGCACGCGCCAUCGAGCAUACGCACAACACCGAGGUGCACGGCAAUCAUGUCAAGUGCUUCUGGGGCAAGGAGAAUGGCGGCGAUAAUUCCGUCAACAAUGUUAAUGCCGCUGUUGCGGCAGCUGCCUCGGCUAAUGUGGCCGCUGUUGCGGCUGCCAAUGCAGCUGCCGCUGCCGGUGCUGCUGGCAUGCAAGGCCAAAUGAUGACACAGCAACAGCUUGCUGCUGCCACUGGUACUGCUCUGCCCGGUCAAAUGAUAACGCCCCAACAACAGAUCGCAGCUGCUGCGGCGGCGGCGCAGGGUCAGUAUCCCUAUGCGGCAGCAUACCAACAAAUGGCCUACUGGUAUCCACCGGCGCAGAGCUAUCCGACCCAGAUGCAAACGCAGUACAUGCAGCAGGGCUACUAUCCUUAUGCCUACACUACCAGUGCUCAACAGGCGGGAGGCGUGCCUGCCGGGUACCGUGUGAUGCCCCCAAAUAUGGCAUGGGGUGUGCCCGGUACCACAGUGGUGCCCGGUGUGAGUGCCGCUGCUAGUGCGGCUGCAGCCGCGAACGGUUCGCUUGCCCCGCAGAUGAUGUACAGCGCUGCGAUGCCACAAUAUCAAACCCAAUGAGCUGAGAUGUGACGCCUGCUUCGACGACAUCUGCUUAAUCCAAACAGCCAACAACGCUGCAGCAGCCAACGAGCGCAUCCGCAUCAGCGACCGCCACCACACCACUUAGUACAUCAGUCGAAGAUCGUUUCCGAAUCAUCAUCGGAUAUCAGCACAACCACAGCAACCACCACCACCCUCAUCAUCGAUGCCAACAACAACAGCAACAACAACAACGGCGGCAGCAACAGCAGCAGCAACGACAACAAAUCGCAGUUGAAUUUACCUUAAAAUGUUUCAGUUCCAAUCGUUUCUUGCGUUGCGUUGCGUUCAUUUUACACAUGCGUUUGCUUUUGCGUUACGUUACGCUGUGUUACGUUACAUGCGAUAACAUUCGGAUUGAUAAUUUAUCGCUGUGAUCAAUCACCGUUUGUCAUGCAGAUUUCGAGUGCGUUUUAGCAAAUAAAAGAAAAGAGAAAAAAAGAGUAAAGUAGAAAAGCAGAGUUGGUCGAAGCAAAGCGUUGAACUACAAGUUGAAUCGCGUGCAGCAGCAGCAGCGCUUUAAAGCUCUGGGCGACGGACGACGGGCGGGUAGCUGUAACAAUCUAAUCCAAUCUAAGUACAUGUUAAAAUAAUUUAAUGAUUUGUAAUUUAAGGCAGAUAUAGGCGUAUAUACAAGAAACGGAAACAAAAACAAAAAAAAACCUAAACUUUAAACAACAACAUCAACAAUUGAAUAAAACAAAACAAAACAAAAAUAAAAGAAUACAAGAAAACAAUCGAAACGUGACAAAGCAAAUUGUAAUUGUGGAUUUGCAAUUUAGAUCGUUGUUGAUGGAUAUGUGUGUCAACAGAGAGAUAAUGCAGA